CGCCAGCUCCUCGGCGCCUGUGCUCUUGGAGUUGGUGGGAUUGUUGGCGAUCUCCGAGGCGGCGGCUGCGACCGGCGUGGGCCGUGCUCACUCCUCGGCGUGGCCCUGAUGGUGCGGAGGCUGCGGCCUCCUAGGACCCUGCAGCGAAUCUGAGAUUUUCUUCAUGUGCAUGGCAUAGAAGAUGAAUUCCUCUUCCUCUACCAUGAACGAAGAACCGGAUGCUCUGUCAGUAGUCAACCAGCUGCGGGAUUUGGCAGCAGAUCCGCUGAACAGAAGAGCUAUCGUCCAGGACCAGGGAUGUCUGCCUGGCCUGAUCCUGUUUAUGGACCAUCCUAACCCCUCUGUCGUCCACUCAGCUUUGCUCGCUCUGCGAUACUUGGCAGAAUGCCGCGCGAACAGAGAGAAGAUGAAAGGAGAAUUGGGUAUGAUGUUGAGCUUGCAAAAUGUUAUACAAAAAACUACAACUCCAGGAGAAACAAAACUUCUGGCCUCUGAAAUCUAUGACAUUCUUCAGUCCUCUAAUAUGGCAGAUGGUGAUAGCUUCAAUGAAAUGAAUUCACGUCGAAGGAAAGCUCAGUUUUUUCUGGGAACUACAAACAAACGUGCCAAAACAGUGGUUUUGCAUAUAGAUGGUCUUGAUGACACGUCUCGGAGAAAUCUAUGUGAAGAAGCUCUGUUAAAAAUUAAAGGCGUUAUUAGCUUUACUUUUCAAAUGGCUGUUCAAAGAUGUGUGGUGCGAAUCCGUUCAGAUUUGAAAGCAGAGGCUUUGGCAUCAGCAAUAGCAUCAACCAAGGUUAUGAAAGCUCAGCAAGUUGUGAAAAGUGAGAGUGGAGAAGAGAUGCUGGUCCCGUUCCAGGAUACUCCUGUGGAGGUAGAAGAGAACACGGAGCUGCCUGAUUACCUGCCGGAGGAUGAGAGCCCCACCAAGGAGCAGGACAAAGCCGUGUCCCGGGUGGGCUCACACCCAGAGGGUGGAGCUAGCUGGCUGAGCACAGCUGCAAACUUUUUAUCCAGGUCGUUUUAUUGGUGACUUCAACUUCACUUUGGGGCUCAAGGACAGUGUGAACCAACUGGGGGCCAGUUUUCCAGUGUUGUGGUGAACUGUCAAGUGCAAUUUGCAAUAAGUUAUCAUGAAAAAGUUUUUAGAUUACAUGAUUGCGUAUGCUGCAUUUUACAUUUUAUUGGACAUUUUACCCCAUUGGGUGAUUAAAAAAAAAGGACAGAGGUGACAGGUGGAAUUGCUUUGUUCACAAAGGUGUUUUGGUUUGCCUUUCCUUUGUUUCAUUGCCUCACUUUUUUUAAAAACAUGGGUCCAUUGCUAAACCAAACAUGUCUGUGUAGCUUUGUAUUUUAUUUUACAUGAAGCACAUUAGGAAAACCCAUUUUCUCCUCAAGUCUCAGGACCUAUUGGAAGAGAAGCAUCUUUGUAGUUCAAAUUGUGCAUGAAUUACUGAAUGUUUUCCUCUGCUUUUCAUGAAUGAUCCGUGCUUUUGUACUCUUCACUGAAAACUGAAAACAUUUUUGUGUUUAGCCCCUUUUGUGCCUUUUUUAUUUUGCCAACCAUGUUUAUAGAAAGGACAUUACUGAUGACAUACUGCAGAUGAAAAUAUAUUUAUUUGAACACAGUAGUCCCUUAAGAAAAAGCUCUGAGAAAAACUUUGCAAUGUUAUUUGCUAUACGUUUAAUAAAAUUAAUGCAAAAUCAAUCAAGGAGAAGAAAAGAUGUGUUUUAGCCAGGUAUUUUUGGAGACCAUUGGAAUGUGAUUCCAAUUGACUGCUGUCCAGUUUUGGUUUAUGUCAACUUUUAAGAGUUAAGUCCACCAUGAAAUUGUCUCCUACUAGACAAAAUAAUUGUGACAAAUAACUGACAAAUUUGAAAAAAAGAAAAGAAACUGGAUGCCUGUAUUGCCGUAGUGCCACUUUGGUAGAGUCUGACUUACGUGGGUUGCCUGGCAGAAGCCUGUUCAGAAGGCAUUUUUUGGUAUUGCCUUUUGUGCAUUUUAUUAUGAAAAUGCUACAGUCAUAUUUAGUGAAAAAAGAUCUGAAUUAUUGCUUAUAAUAGAAAUAAAAGCAAGCAUUGGUUGCUUAAACUGGUUUCUCAUGGCCAACCAGAAAAAGAGAACUUUAGUUAAGGGAAGAUAAGCAAAUGCACACACAUACACCAUAUGUACUUUUUUGAGGGGGAGGGCUACCUAAAAGGAAAUCAAUUGUAUGUAAUACUUUAAUAAAUUCCUAAAAUAUUCGACAACUAAAAUUUUCAUUUUGGAAAUUCAACUAAAUCUAAAAGCAUUGUAAAGUUACUAUGGUUAAAAACUAAUAAGAAAUUUAAAUUCUCUCUGGUUUUUUUUUUAUAACAUGUAGAGCUGCUAUUUUACUACUUGGGGAAUGCGAAGUGAAAAUUGGACCCUGGAGGGUUUCUAUAUGUUUUCAUCACUUCUCUUUUAGAGAAUAUUAAAGCAUCCAGUGUUAACUGGAGUAAAAUAAUUAUUAAGUACCAUCAGCAAAGAAAGUCUUGAGUUUGUUAGCAUUGUGACCUCGUGGAAGGAGAGAUGUUGAGCGUGUUGAGAACAGUGCUUUUCCAUGUGUCUGGUCUCUGAUCCAAGUUAUACGCACAAACAGAAGCUAUGAGCUUUCAGGGCACACACUGCUUUAAAUGUAUAAUGCAACUUGCUGCCAGAACCAGAUGUGUUGAAGAAAAAAAAACAAAGCCACCUCCUUUCUAUAGCCAUUAAAGUCAAGUUUACUGUUCUGUUUUAACAAGUUUGUAUUUUAUUUUGCAUAGCCGCACAUCUGCUUAUUUAAAAAAAAUACUUAACCUUUGGUAGUGAUGGUUCAGUACAAGUGAGUAUUACAGCUUGAUGUCUGUGUGUUCUAAUUCUAAAUGUUCUUUUAUUCCAGGUCUUAUAGAGCAGAUAAAAACAUCUGUAAGGUCAUUUUUUGAAAUAUAUUGUAAAAUAAUAAAAAAGGUAACAUAA